AUGUCUUCGCCAAACGACAAUGUAACCGCUAUAUCCACUGAGGAGAAUGGAGAAGCAAAAGCAAUGGAAGUUGUAUACAUUCCAGAACAAGAAGCUAAAGAGGAGGUAGAUGAAUUUCGGGAUAAUUCAAAUGUCCCAUAUCUUAGCUACUUCAAAAUAUUUUUGUUAUUCUUGGAUUUUGGAUUUCAUGCUUGGGGAGGCCCUGUAGCUCAAAUAUCAUUGAUUAAGGAACGUUUAGUGAUAAGAGAUAAAUGGAUUACAAUAGCUAGAUUCAAUCGCGUUUAUGGUGUUUAUCAAAUUUUACCUGGUCCUGAGGCAACAGAGUUGUGCAUGUUUUUUGGUUGUCUCGCCGGAGGACGGAUUGGUGGGUUUCUUGCUGGGUUAGCAUUUUUAAUACCAGGGUUUUCGUUAAUUUUACUGUUCAGUUAUAUCUAUGUAAUAAUUGGUUUCAAAAAUGAAUAUUUCAAUGCGUCAUUCCGAGCAUUACAACCAGUAGUUGCUGCCCUUGUACUAAGAGCCGUUCAUAAGAUUGCUGAACAUUCUUUUAUUUCUAGUAAAUCAAAGAAAUUUAAUUAUUGGUUAUUUUCCAUGGCGAUAUUGGCAUCAAUACAAAGUGCUCUAAACAUCAACUUCUUUCUAACUUUGGGUGUUUGUGGGAUUGCAUUCAUGUUUUUAGACAGGAAGAAUUAUUGGAUUGGAAUUUCAAUAUUUUUGUUGGAAUUCCUUGGCAUUGGCCUGUACAUUGGUUUCAAAGGAGUUCCUUCAGCUAGUUCUUUAGGUGUCGGUGUUGCUAAAAAAGAUGCACUUGAUCCCGGUCAUGUGUUUGGUUUGGGAUUGUUGGCCGGAAGUUUGUCAUUCGGUGGGGCUUACACCACGAUACCAUUCCUCAAGGCCGAAGCAGUGACAAUAGGCCAAUGGAUGACAGCUACGACAUUUUUAGAUGCUAUCGCCAUUGGAAACAUUUUACCUGCACCCUUGGUAACAUUCUCAACAUUUAUCGGCUUCCAAGCUGGUUACAUUUGGGGAGGAAACAAUAUAGGAUAUGGUUUCCUUGGUGCUACCCUUAUUACUUUGGGUAUCUUUACCCCUUGUUUUAUAUUCACAAUUAUGGGCCAUGAAAUGUUAGAGCGAUUGGUUCGCAACAAGUUUCUGGCGGCAUUUUUUGAUGGUAUUACUGGUUCCGUGAUUGGUAUAAUCGCCAUUACUGCGAUGGAUUUGCUCAAGUCCUCACUAACGACCUCGACUGCUCUUGCAAAUAUCGAGGACGCUAACAGACGAGACAUUAUUGCCGCACAACAAGGCAGCAUUGCUGCAGUCUUAUACGUCUUAACAUUGGCAAUUUUGUACUCUUUUAAGGUUCCCAUUCUUCCUUUACUGUUGGUAAUAUUUGGAGCCAUUGCCGGGCAAUUUUUGUUUGUUACAUAA